AUGUUCCGCAACGGCAUGCUUGGACGUCGGGCAGCUGAGGAAUGGGCGAAGGGCGGGUUCAAGGCGAAGAUGGACCGGAAGGAGGCCAUACAGAUUCUUGGGUUGAAGGAUGGUCCAACAAUGAAGCUGAGGCUGAAGGAUGCGCACCGCCAUAUCAUGUUGGCCAACCACCCGGACAGAGGGGGCUCGCCCUACCUUGCCAGUAAAAUUAAUGAGGCCAAAGAUAUGUUGGAUAAGGAGAAUCGUCGGUAG